UUAUCAGAGAGCAUUUAAAAAUUGCAAGAAGCUGGUGGAGAAGGAAAAGUGUAGAAGUGUGUGCGUGCAUCUUUCAGUUAAGUCAUUUCCUGAGAAGAGGUAGCAGUCGUGAAAUAUUGUGUGCCAGUUAAUAGUUGUGUUUUACCCUGUUUGGCAUGUCAACACUUGGCGGGGGAAACGUCUGCAUGUGACCGCAUCGCUGUGCUUCUUGCAUGUGGAAUUUUCCUGAAUGAGGCCACAGCUCUCCUGCUGUACUCUAUACAACCACAUUCUCACCUUUUGGUUUCAGUCAAAAAUACUCAGAAAGUCACCUAUAUCCUGUUUGAGUGUAAAGACUCAGUGUUUCUGUUAGCCACAUUCACCCUGAAAUAUGUAUAUUUCAAACUCGUCCCACUGUCCAGUUUGACGUGUGGUUCUCAACUUUUUCUAGAUGCGACCCCCCAGAAUAACCAGAUUGUUUUAGUUUGAACAGCGAGCUCCAAGUUGUUGUCCAGUGGGCUCCAGGCUCUGCAAAGUUUUGAUGUGUUCACUGACUCUCUCUCUCUCUCUCUCUCUCUCUCCAUACAAUCUAUUCUGAGGCAAAUGAUAUCACUGGUACAGACGACGUCAUGUAAAAACCAUCCUCUCGUCGAAAAUAUGUUCUUCAUUAUAUUCUCGACAUCCAUCUGGUGACCCCCGACAUUAUUUAGAAGAUGCUGGACACAAGCAGCAGAGGGGAGAAGAAAAGUGUACAGUUAUAGGAAGGCCCACCCAGAGAUACAUUAUACACCGAUACCUCCAAUAACGGCUGUGAAACUGAGCAGGAAAGAACAAAUCAGCAGCAGUCGCUUUCUGUGUAUCCAUGACGGAUUACCUCGUGGCUGAGAUUAAGUUUAUUCCGGAAGAAACGCCUGGUGUCUCGAAGACGGCGCAGGAAGUCAUUAAAUCUCCCUAAAAUGGAAAAUGUCCAUGAUUUAACGUGUUCAUAUUUUAAUCCAAACAAAGAAGAUCUUUGUGUUAUAGUCUCGUGCUUCUGGCUGCUUUGUUUAGAGCAGAUCGUGCUGUGCUGUGAGGAAGAAGAAAAAACAGGCUGGAUUGGUGCUCUGUUGCCACUACAGCGGCUUGUGAGCUGGGAGUGUGAAGGGCAGAUGGAGGAAGAUGAAGUUACCGGAUGUAACAGACCACAAACUGCUGGAUUUUCUUCUAGGUGACCCACAAAGAGCUCCUCAGACGAGACUGUGGGACCGGCCAUCUCCCUCCCAGCCCGGGCCGUCUUCCUGUCCGACCCUUAAAGGCAAUGAUUAUCAACUGAGACGCUCUGCACAACUCCACUGUGUGAAUGAAUCUUUGCCGUAAAGCCGCUGUGCUCUGCCACCCUGUCACCAUGAAGAGCAAGUACUCCCAAUACUACAACCAGAGCCUGAUCCACUCCUACUAUGCCUUCGCUAAGAACAUGACCACCCAGGAGCUGGCGAAACGCAUUGAGAACAAGAAACAGCUCACUAGCCUCAACAUCGUCAUCGUGGUCCUCUGCACCAUCAUCAUCCUGGAGAACCUGCUGGUCCUCAUCGCUGUCUUCCGCAACAAGAAGUUCCACUCCGCCAUGUUUUUCUUCAUCGGCAACCUGGCGUUCUCUGACCUGCUGGCAGGCUCGGCCUACAUAGCCAACAUUUUCCUGUCGGGGUCAAGGACCUUUGACCUGAUGCCCGUGCAGUGGUUCAUCCGGGAGGGCACGGCGUUCAUCGCUCUGGCUGCCUCAGUCUUCAGCUUGCUGGCGAUAGCUACGGAGCGCUAUAUUGCCAUCACCAAGGUCAAGGUGUACGGCUCCACCAAAACGUGCCGCAUGUUCCUCCUGAUAGGAGCCUGUUGGGUCACCUCCAUCCUGCUCGGAGGACUUCCCAUCAUCGGCUGGAACUGCAUCAACGACCUCCCUGAAUGCUCGGCCGUAUUGCCGCUCUAUUCUAAGAAAUACAUCCUCUUCGUUGUCACCAUUUUCAGCCUCAUACUACUCUCUAUUGUCAUCCUCUAUGUGAGGAUCUAUUUGAUUGUACGCUCCAGUCACCAGGAGGCGACCAACUCGCCGGCCUAUGCCCUUUUGAAAACGGUGACAAUAGUGCUGGGCGUCUUCAUCAUGUGCUGGCUGCCCGCUUUUACCAUCCUCCUCCUGGAUUCAUCGUGCAGGAUACAGUUCUGCCCUAUCCUCUCAAAUGCAGACAUCUUUUUUGGCUUUGCCACUCUGAACUCAGCGCUUAACCCCGUGAUCUACACGCUGCGCAGCAAGGACAUGAGGAAGGAGUUUCUGCGUGUGUUGUGCUGCUGGGGGGUGCUGCACAGCGGGCGGCCAGCCGACCGUUGUCUGGUCCCUCUAAAGAGCUCCAGCUCUCUGGAACACUGCACCCACAAACAUGAACACCAGACCACACCAAUCAUGCAGGACUGUACCACCUGUGUCUGAUACGGUGCAAACACAUUAGAGAGUGUGUGUGUGUGUGUGUGUGUGGUGUGUGUGUGUGUGUGUGUGUUUGUGCGUGCGUGUGUGUGUGUGUGUUGAAGAAGAGAUGCCGUGCUGUGAUGGAGAGAUGUUAAAAGAGACACUCUGGAGUGAAAUGCCUGGCAGGGCGACAACCGCAGCCUUUUUCUUCUUACAAUCCAAAUUGAGUGAAUUCACAAUCAGCAUUCAAUCGAUUGCAGCGGGUGUAAAAACUAAAUGUUUCAAGAGGGAACCAAUUCAGCAGGAGGGAACUGUCAGAAAUGUGAAAAUAGCUUUUUUCUUUUCAUGGGUACUCUCAUUAAUUAAUAUGGAGUUGCAAACCAUUGUCAUGUAUAUGCCUGUCGUCUUGUUUUUCUUUCUUAACAUGUAAACCCCUAUUAAGAGGCAAAAUUAGAAACGUAACGUGCAUACUAUACUAUCGUAGUUAUGGUGAGUCCUUUGAUCCUUUCAGGAACUGAAGCUAUGCAAAGCUUGCAAAGUUCCACCUGUAGAUUACUUCAAAGAUUGUUGUCCUUUGUAAUGUUGAACCACAUUACUCUCCUGUACUGAUUUGUGUAAACAUCAGGCACACAGAUCCACCACUUGCUCUUCACAGAGCUGAAGACAAUGAUCAGCUCCACUGAAGUCAAGUUACCACGAGUGCUCCCUCAACUAAAACCAGGGCUAUAUAUUCCCCAUAUAACCUUGCUUGAACCAUUUGAUUAACUACAAAGGAAUUACAUAAUCUGCUUUACAUAAAUUACAUAAUGCAUGAAAUUCUAACUUAUUUGUAAAUGCUAAUGUAUGUAUGAUAUAUUCCAGCUCCAGCUUCCAUCACCACCCUUCCCUCAUCUGGUCUCAUAAUCGGUCCCUCUUGCUUUUACUGUUGUCUUUUGUAUCUUAACAGUUUCCGUCGAGGAAGGCCUAAUCAGAAAGCACAUUUCCUGAAGUGAGUUGGCACUGAUGCGUUUCAUUCAAUGUCAGCUGUCCAGCAGCUUUGACUAAUGGGGCCGAGGUCCUGACAGUGUUGUAGCAACAAUGUGCGGUCUCAGUUUGUGCCUUCCUCUUGGGGAAAUUAGGCUGAAUGUAUGUAUGAAGUGUUUGGGGCAGGCGCUCCAUUGUUGACAGUAUUAUUGAUCAUCCUUUUGAAUUACCAAGUCAUUGACGAGCAGAGAGUGGGAUGAACAGGGUAGGUCACUCUCACUGUGAAGUCUUAAAUAGCGCCAUGAACAAAAAAAACAAUGUUGUGAACAUCCUGGUUUAAUUUGCUGGCCAUAUGCCUUGUGCAGCUAAAGAAGUAAACACGUCUCAUAUUUCCAAAGACCCCUCUCCUCCCCAACAAAAUACGAGAAGAUCCGGUUCCAAAUGCACAGAGGGCGGGGGGAUCUGCCCUUCUGGGAGGUCACCUUCAUCCUCCUCUCUGACAUCCUACAACAUGUCACUUCCUCCAGCCACAGGAAGUCCUGUUUUUCAUUGUCCGGUUCCUGUUGUUUGGGGUUACACUAACCGUUUUCCUGUGGACACACAUUUAAAACUCUUCUCUCCCUCAGUGUUUUUGAUAUUGACAUUUACAUUUAGAUGACCAAGUAGAAAUGGUGAAAAGCACUUUGGCAGCUUCAGUGAUGUUUGCUUUCCCCCAGUUUUUUUUUCAAUUGAGAGGUAUUUUAAACUAUGUACCUGUCCCUUCAUUGUGUUGCUUGACUCUGUGAUGUUUUAUAAUAAAUACAUGAAUAACUAUGUAUGUUUGUAUGUAUGUAAGUAUGUAUGUAUUUUUGUACAGUAUGUAUGAUUUGUGUUGUAUGAAAUGUCUUGUGUGCAAUAGCCUUUUGUGUCCAAUAGCACGCUGCCUGUGUUAAAUCGGUACAAUCUGAAACACUAAUGUAGGUACAUAAACGUUUUGUUAAUUGCAUUCCCUUUUUUAUAAAAAAUAAAUGAAAUACUGAAAGAAA